GUGAGAGGAACACCCCUGCACUGGCGAUUGGCUCCUUCUAAUGGAUCUACAGGACACAUAAACAUCUGAAAUCCCCGAGACCUGGCAGAGCCUAAAGCCUCAGACUGCGGAUCUGCUGGCUUUGAUGGACACCAUGACUUUCAUGGGACUUCUCGUGAAGUUCCUUCUCUUCUGCCCCUGCCACCUCUUGAUUUCUGCCGCAGCCCUCAAAGGUACCGAAACAAAAAGCUGUAGCAGUGAAAAAGCGCUCACCAUCACCCAUGUGUACAGCGUCCCCGGGGAAGAGAAUGAACAACUAGAGACAUUGGAGUCAGACGAUCAGAAACUGGUCUUCAGGCAUCAUAUAAGUCUCAAGAGCCCCGCGUCAGACUGUGAAAAAGAUGGACUAAUUCAAGCUCUUCUGUCCAGACUGGCAGCUCUAGAAACCGAGAUGAAAGAGUUUAAGGAACAAUGUCAAGGAUGCUGCGGGGCUGCAGCACAAUGCAACACCUGUAAUGGACGUGGGAGAUUUAUUCCAGAAUUAAAUAGAUGUCAGUGCGAUGAUGGCUGGGAAGGACCGGACUGCGCUACCAAAAGCUGCCCAGGCAACUGUGCAGGAAACGGUGCAUGCGUUGACGGGGUUUGUCAGUGUGCAGAGGGGUACGCCGGCUCAGACUGCAACGAGAAACUAUGCAUCCCAGAAUGUGGCCGGUUUGGUAAAUGCGUGGACGGCACCUGUAGGUGUGCAGAGGGAUACACCGGCUCAGCCUGCAACGAGAAACUGUGCAUCCCAGAAUGUGGCCGGUUUGGUAAAUGCGUGGACGGCACGUGCAGGUGUGCAGAGGGGUACACCGGCUCAGCCUGCAACGAGAAACUGUGCAUCCCAGAAUGUGGCCGGUUUGGUAAAUGUGUGGACGGCACGUGCAGGUGUGCAGAGGGGUACACGGGCCCGACCUGUAGAAAGAAGAAGUGUCCUUUUGACUGCGGUGAAUUCGGUACAUGUGUGGACGGCACCUGCAAGUGUGUAGACGGUUACACGGGCCCAGCGUGCAGAAAGAAGAAAUGCCCCGUUGACUGCGGCGAGUUUGGGAAAUGCGUCGAUGGGGUUUGCCAGUGUUCAGAAGGAUACACCGGUCUUGACUGCAGAGAAAAGAAGUGCGCUGUCGACUGCGCUCCCAAUGGCCGCUGUGUUGAUGGGGUCUGUGUUUGCAACGAGGGCUUCAUAGGAAUCAGCUGUGACAUAGAGAUUGCUGGUCUUUGCAGUGGGAAUGGUAGGUACCAGGUGGACACUGGGAGCUGCCAAUGUGACAAAGGCUGGGAAGGAGCAGACUGCUCUCGGAGAAGCUGUGUUCCUGACUGUGGAGAACAUGGAGCAUGUGUCAAUGGUGCCUGCCAGUGCGCAUUGGGAUACAGCGGUCCGACGUGCAGAGAGAAGGACUGCGCUAUUAGCUGUGGGGACAACGGGCGCUGCGAUGGUGGCCAGUGCUUCUGUGACGAGGGCUUCUAUGGUGAAGGCUGUACCCAAUUGAUGGCUGUUCAGAAUCUACGUCUGGUCAGUUCCACUGAAGACUCACUAAAUAUCGCAUGGGACCUGUUGAUGGAUGUUGACUAUUAUCUGUUGACGUAUUAUCCUUUUGGUGAUGAAACGUUGAAAAAGCAGAUCCAGGUGUCUGAAAGCCAAGACGCUUAUCAGAUACUAAGUCUCAUUCCCGGCACUUUGUACAAAAUCCUGAUGUACCAAAUAAAGAACGGCGUGACCGGUGAACCAGCGGAGCUUCAAGCCAGAACUGAUACCAUAUCCUUGGAGACUUUGUGGGUGACAGAAGAAACAGAAGAUUCUUUAGAGGUGGAGUGGGAAAACCCUCUCUUUAAGGUGGAUUAUUUUAAAUUGGCAUAUGCUGCUCAACCAGAUGGAGCUGAGACAGUGGUAAAGGUUUCCCAGAGCAGCGACGCCAAAAGCAGGCACAUUAUCACAGGUCUGAGGCCUAGCACCACGUAUGACAUUAGCGUGAGAGCUGUCAGAGGGGCUGCCGAAGGGAAAUCCUCAACUGUUAUUGGUGUCACAGGAAUUGAUGGGCCCAAAAACUUAAGGACCACAGAAGUUGGCGAGGAAACAGUCAGACUGACCUGGGAACCCAGCCAAGCUGAGAUCGAUAAGUACAUUCUCAGCUACAGAUCCAUUGAUGGAGCCACCGAAGAGGUGUCUGUGGAUAAAGGGAAGGUUUCCACUCUUUUGAGUGGCUUGAUCCCUGGCAUGGAAUACACCUUCCAGCUCUGGGCUGAGAAGGAUGGCAAGAGAAGCAAGAGAGCAAGUGUUACAGCGACCACAGAUAUUGACGCGCCUAAAGAUCUACAGUCCUCUGAAGUCACGGAAUCCGAGUUCUCGCUCACCUGGACUCCUCCUCUUGCGCAGAUAGAUGGAUAUAUAUUAUAUUAUGAGGAUUCCAACGGCAAUCGCCAGGAAGUCCAGUUAGAUUCGGCAAGCAAGAGCUUCCUACUAAGAGACUUGAAGCUAGGAUUAAAAUAUACCGUGUACCUGGUGGCUUACAAAGGAGGUCAGAGAAGCAAACAAGCAAGUACCUUCUUCUACACUGGUAUUGACCCACCGACAAAUCUCCAGUCCUCUCAGAUAACCCAAUCAGAAGCUUCCCUCACCUGGACUCCUCCCACUGCACAGAUUGAUGGCUAUAUACUGACCUAUGUGGAUUCUGAUGGAAACAGUCAGGAGAUCGAGUUGGAUGAAACCAGUACAAGCUACCUGCUGACGGGUUUGAAGAAAGGAAUAAAAUAUACUGUGUACCUGGUGGCUUAUAAGGGAGACCGUCGGAGCAGACAAGCCGUUACCUUCUUCAGUACUUUGACUGUUGUCAUCACCCACCCUGUGAAUUGUGCUCAGGUGCGUCUUAGUGGGAACCCUGAAAGUGGGGUAUACACAAUCUACCCCGCUGGAGACAAGGGGAAAAGUAUCAGAGUAUACUGUGACCAAGAGACUGAUGGAGGAGGAUGGACUGUCUUUCAAAGACGAAGCAAUGGGAAUCUCGACUUCUACCAGAAAUGGAGAACUUAUGUGGAGGGAUUUGGAGACCCCAGCGAUGAGUUCUGGCUUGGCCUUGAAUGGAUUCAUCUACUGACGUCCUCCUCAGUGCCCUAUGAGUUACGUGUGGACCUCCGGACCGGUGACGAGUCAGCAUACGCCGUGUACCGCACAUUCUAUGUAGGUUCUUCCAGAGACAAGUACAAGCUUACCGUCAGCGACUACUCUGGCACUGCAGGGGAUGCUCUUGUGUACCACAAUGGACUGAAGUUCACUACCUGGGACAGGGAUAAUGACCUUGCUCUAACCAACUGUGCCCUUUCACAUCGAGGAGCCUUCUGGUACAAGAAUUGCCACCUUGCCAACCCCAAUGGUCAAUAUGGAGACAACAAUCACAGUCAGGGGGUGAACUGGGAGACAUGGAAGGGUCAUGAAUACUCCAUUCCUUUUAUUGAGAUGAAGAUACGCCCUGUUGCAUUAGCGGAAAGCAACAACUAGAAAGUGUUCAGGGUGGAGAAAAUGAUACGAUUUGCGAUAUCCAAUGGAUAGCAGCCAAUAAAGAAUCUUUUGUUGUCUUGAAGUUCUGCGAAACAAGUCAAGCAAAGAAUGAGGACUCGGCUCAUCACCCAGAGUGAUAUUGAGACUCAGAAACCCAUCUGUAAAUUUAUUAUCCCAAAUUAUCGAUCCAAGGAACAGAACUAAGCUAAUUAUACAGCAUUGUUGUAGCCCACCUGUGCCCUUUAAGUUCUGUUGGACUACAACACUCAUCAUGCUAAGUAAGAUAGGCAGUUCAACAAGGAAAACAACAAUAAAAACAAAAAAACCCUGUUUUUAUGUUUCUUUCUAGACUCAAGGAUCAAAGCCAGCACCACAAAUGCAAUAUACUGUUGGUUUUGAUUUUUAUGUAUGUUUACAGUUAUCGGUUCUCUUGUAUUUAACCCUAGAGUUUGCGUGUUUAUUUAAGGCAAAACUGUCCACAGCAUGGUCCAUUUAGUCUUUUGGAGUAACCCAGGAUCGUGGACCAGUUUUUACUUCAUUGUGUGUAAAUAAUAUUUUUUAAAUGCCUUUCUUGCUGGCAAGUAAACCACUGAGAUGUUAACAUUUCACUUGUAUACAUUUUAAACUUCCCAUUACAACAUCUGUACUACAAUUGAGAAAUAAAGUUUUCCAAAACAA